GCCGCUUUUGGCCCCUCUAGGGGGACAGGCAUGUCUCAGGAAGGGGCUGCCAAGGGCUGCGGCACAGCGGGGCCUGUUCUCAGUCCCCGCCGCAGCUGUGGGCUUUUCCAGAAGGACUUGGAGGAAGCUAGCUCCGUGGCAGGCCUGGCACCACACCUGCGGGGGGCGAGCUCUGGGGCCCACCUUUCAGCUGGCAGAAGGAAGAGGGCGCUCAGGGAGGAGUCCCAUCGAGGUGCCAGCUCCCCGGCUGAGGGUGCCCAUAGGGCCAGCGUGAAGGCCACGGCCGACUUGGUGGUCCUGGAGCUGCCGGUCGCGGGACAAAGCCAGGACUCGGUGCCUGGUCCCAGGCUCCACACCCAGCUGGCCACAGUGCCUGCUCAGGGAAGGCCUCCGGCCUCCAAGAGGCCCCAGAUUUCUCCACGCAGCAUCUUAGAUGAAGAGUCUGCAGCCAGCAAGGCUCGCUCAGGUUCAUUCAUGGGGCAGAGAAGAUUCAAGUGUGCUAAGCUGGGGAGGGGCCCGGUGCCCCGUGCCGAGGACCAGGGCACAGACAGAAGCUCCCACAACUUCAGCCAGGACCCGCCAGCAGCAGCCCGCCCACGAGGCUUCCCCAAACUGGAGGAAAUGAAAAUGCCCCGUGGGGUGAAGCGUGUGUGCUACCUGGAUUCCGGGGCAGUGAUCCACCUCCUGGGGGCCCUCAGCCCCGGGCAGGCAGGGGGGUCGCAGCCCCCGAAGCUGGAGGCCCUGGAGAACAUGAUGGAGGUCAGCGCAGCCUCGCCUGCCCAGAGGCCCAGAAGGAAGAUACGGCGCCAGGCCCACAGCCCCACUUGGUGCCAGUCCAGUCCAGUGGAGUCUGAAGAGGAGGAGCCCGAGGAACAGGACUGGGAAGAGGACUCAGCUCAGCUUCAGCUCCAAAAGGACAUUGGGGUACGGGACACUGUGGUCCGUGUCAUGCGGAAGGUGCUGUGGAGUCGCCUCCGGGAGGUCCCAGACGUGGCGCUGAGUGAGGAGGUGGUGGAGGGCAUCGCUGCUGGCAUCGAGGCGGCCCUCUUCGACCUGACACAAGCCACCAACUGCCGCUACAAGACCAAGUACCGCAGCCUGCUGUUCAACCUGCGUGACCCUAGGAACCCCGACCUGUUUCUCAAAGUGGUUCAUGGAGACGUCACCCCCCAUGGCCUGGUGCGGAUGAACUCAAUCCAGCUGGCCCCCCAAGAGCUGGCCCGCUGGCGGGACCAGGAGGAGAAAAGGGGCCUGGAGAUCAUUGAGCAGCAACAGAAGGAGCUGUGCAUCCUUCCGACCUCCAAGCUGACCCACAAGGGUGAAGUCGAGAUCCUGCGGGACACGGACCAGAUGCUGACCCUGGAGGAUCUGGUGAGACCCAUGGUGUCCAUAGACUGCAGCCCACUGGCCCUGCCUGCCAUGUCAGAGGACCCCACGGAGCAGCAGGGGGACCCCACGGAGCAGCAUGAGCACCACUUCUUAGACUCCAGCUGCCACAUCUUCAAGGACGGGAAGCCCUCGUGUGAGCUGCCAGGCUUCUCCAAAGCCAACAGGAGGGUGGAGGACAAUGUCAUCCAGAGAGCCCCAAGCCCAGCCCCUGCGUCCUCUCCAGAGAUGCCCCAAAUCUUGGAGAAACCUCCCAUGGAGCCCCAGGACAGGCUGCAGAUGUCUGCGGAGCCCACAAAGCCCCCCUGGGAGGGGGCUGUGGCCAUGUUCUCCAUCAAGCAGUUCCGGGUCAAGGCCCAGCUGGUCUCAGGACACAGCUGUCAGCUCAUCAUGACCCUGCCCGAGGUGAUCCGCUCAGCAGGCUGCAUCCCCCGCAACACCAUCUGGGACCUUCUGGCUAGCAUCUGCCCGGCCAAGGCCAAGGACAUCUGUGUGGUCAGACUGUGCCCCCAGGGGGCUCGGGACACCCAGAACUGCCACCUGCUCUACUCCUACCUCAACAACAAGCAGUGCCAUGGCUUGGCAGCUGUGGAACACGUGCGGGUGGUCCUGCUGCCCCUGCCUGCCUUCCAGCCCCUGCCCACCAGACUGCGCCCUCUUGGAGGCCCAGGCCUGGAAGUCACUCACCCAAGCCUGCUGCUGGCUGUGCUGCUCCCCACAGCAGGGCUUCCAGACACAGCGGAAGCCAGCCCCUUGUUGGAGAAGGUUCGCAAGACGGUCUCCUUCAACAAAAAAGUGGAGAUGAGAUGCUACCAGCGGAAGGACGGGAGGCCGGAUGUGGCCCUGAAGGGCUCCCCUCCCCCAGGGGGUACCCUGCAGCAGAGCCGGGGCAAAAGCAGCCUGGCACCAAGGGGAAUCUGUGCCUGGCAGAAGCCCUCUAGAGGCAGGGGGAGACUGUGGGAAGAGCCUGAGACCCGGCAGGGUCCUGGGCGAGGGGAGUGGCCCACGAGACCAGGCUGGGGCCAGUCCUGGCAUCCCUAUUCAGCAGCACCAGCUGGCCGGGGCCAGCACCUCCACAAGGCAUCCUGUCCCCAGCAAGCCCUGCUCCAGCAUCUUGAGUCCCUGGUGACGAUGAGCCACCAGCUCCAAGCCUCCCUGAGACACCCAGGUCAGGAGCUCCUUCCCCAGCCCCCUGCGGCCUGUGGGAUCCUUGGACUCUUUUGCCGGCCUCCUGCGGCUCCAGAGCCCCCUGGCCCAGCCCCUGACUCCUCUUGGGGCCCAACAGAUGGAGCUGGCUCUGAGUGUCCUCUCCCUGGAGGGACCUGACCCUAGAAGAGGGGCUUUGACUCCCUCCCCAGUGCUGAACCCUGAGCUGUUCCUGGGAGAAAUGGGGGCAGA